AUGGACUCCCACGGCAAAAAACCUUAUGGGUACCGCGCACCAGGAAAGGGAAGAGGGAGUCGAGCGCAGAAAUCAGAAAUACCCCUAACACCAGCUCCACCCCUUGGAGAUAUUCUUGCAACCAUUGAGCAUGAUGAUCUGAAAGAGACUGAAGAUCAAGCCUUCGACUCGGCUCGAAUCACAGAGACCGAGUACCUGACUUCCUACAACUGGCUUAGUGAACCUCCCAUGUGGACACCUCUCUCCGAGCCUGUUCGACUUCGACAGGACUCUGGUCGAUAUUAUCGGGACUUGAAUGCCGCGCGACACCCCUCCUACCCACUUGAGCCGAUGGUCCAGGCCAUAAUUUCCGACAAGCCAGACAUUUCUCUGAGAAACAUCGAUAUCAUCGCAUGCGGAGGUACUUUGGGUAAUUUAUUGCGCUUUGCCCGUCGCCAUGCUCCAUCUUUCCGCAUGCUUGUUGAAGUAGUCGGCAACACAGUCUUCUUCGUCAGGAAAGCCAACUCGCCUACUGAGCUCAUUCCUGGUGUCUUUGGAUACGGGCAUGCGUUUCCGGAAGCAUACACCACAUGGAGCCAGGGCGCUCGAGGAUGGGAAUCUCACCAGCGACUCAUUAGUUACAAACUCGCCGGUAUGAGAUGCUUGGUGCGUUUCGAGGCUGAUGGUUUUCUACCCAAGCUGAUGCCUGAAGACCUGGGUUCUGGGAAAGAGAAUACCGAUCAGUCAGGCGAUACAGUCGAAGACCUUAUGUCGGUCAUGCAAGGGGCGAAUAUCUCGGGUAUGCAGCCAACCACCACCACGGAUGUCGACUCAAAGGAGAUUCAGAUCCUGAAGAAAGGACGCUAUAUUCCACAAUGUGGUAUAUUUGACCUGAAGACUCGGUCUAUCAGAAAGAUCAGUGUUGAUACACUGAAAGAAGAGAUUCCUCGCCUAUGGAUCAGGCAAAUUCCGAAUUUCAUCAUCGCGUACCACUCGCUGGGUACAUUCAAUGACAUCCGGGUUCAAGAUGUGCGUGAGGACUUGAAGAGGUGGGAGGAGGCCCAGCAACCAGACCUGAUCAGGUUUGCCAACUUGCUGCAAAUGAUCGUAGCCUUUGCUCGAAGUUCGGCAAACGGUAAGAUUGAGAUUGAGUAUCAGGAAGGUGAACAGGGUUUGAAUUUAAGGGAGCAAGUGGGGAUAGUCAAUAAUGUCUUGCCAUCUGCUCUUAUGAGCCUAUGGGAAGAUUAG